AUGCAGCAAGUUCGCCCAAAUUGUGAACCAAUGCCUGAUAUCAAUGUUCGUGAAAGAGAAAUCCAUCAUGGUAUAUUUCGUACUGAUCUAUCAUCUUUAUUGAAUGAAUACACCACUACGCAAAAACGCUAUAAUGAUCGUCUUGAAUCUCUUGAGCGUGAAAUAGAAGCUCUUAAAGUUCAACCGCGUUCAGAUGCUUUAUCAUCAUCAUCAUCAACAACAGAUGAAAACGAACUCAAUCGAACAUAUACUACAAAAAAAGCAUCGCCUACACAACCAAUAUCCGCUCGUGGUACAGGUCCUUCUCGUAUACCACUACCAGUAACGCCUCGAAAAUCAAUCAGUGACAAUACUGUACCGGCCAAUCCUUCCAACAGUAUGCUACCGAAUUCACGUCCUUUACCUCCGGUGCCUUUGACACGUAGUAAAACCUUUCAUAAUGAUACAUCUUCAGCAUCAUCUAAUCCACCAGAUGAUACUAAUAAUAUUCUUCGAUCUUACAAAGCACAUCUCGAACAAAUACUUCGGAAAGAUUCACCACCAUAUUCUGAUAUCAAAGUUCCAAAUUACACGUGCAUAGAAGAUGUUUUGAAAGCAAAUGAGCAACUUUUAAUUGAUAAUGAUCGCCUGCGAUCUGAACUGAAUCGUUUAAAAACAGAAAGUAUUGUGUUACUUCGAUCUAUGAAAACAGCAACAGGUACAGAGCCAACUCUAGGCAAUGAACGGAUUAUUGCUGAACGUGAACGUCAAGAAUUAACAAUGAAAGUAGCACGACAAGCAGAAGAAAAUAAACGCCUUCGAAAAUCAUUAUUAGCGCAAUCAGAAAAAUUUCUAACAUUACGCCAAUCUACACAUACUGCUAAUACUGAAUUAGUUAAACUACAAGAUCAUCGUUGUACACCGGGAUCAGCGCCACAAACAUCGCUUCGUCAUAGUAAAAUUCAACAAUCAAAUUCUUCUCGAUACCAUAUGGGUGAUAAUCGAGCAAUUGUUCGAGCAAAAUCUUUUCAUCAUACCUCACAAGAUUCAUCAUAA